AUGUCGAAAAUCUGUUCGGUUUCUCUGAGAGGUAUUUAUCAAGCACGCGCGCCUACCAGCCAUCUUUCUAGAAACCUCAAGCCACCAUCACACACUGUCUCCGAAAGCCAAUGUCGACGCUACCUUUCACAGCGCCGCCCAAAACCGUCGACGUUCAAAAAUAAACCUUCCAAGGGGGCCGCGAUAGAUCCAGUACUUGACGAUGAUUCACAAAACCUGACGAAACUUUCAUUUGAUGCACCUGCCAACCUGAGAAAACAAGCCUUAGAAAUGUAUGCCCAAUGCAAGCUGAGCGAACGAGAUCCUACAACCCGGUUCGCAAUCGUUCGGCAGAUGAGGAACCUGGAUCUGCCGCCCCACCGGGAAUUGUGGCAAGGGAUCAAUGCGACGGACGAGCUGGCACUCUACCGAUGGGUGGACGAGGCGUUUGGCCAACUGAUUUAUCAGAAAGGUCUAUGGAGACCGAGCGACGAUUGGGGUCCUGAGGACGAUAAGGCUGAAGCCAUCCAACGAGUCGAAAACCUCAGCCUACUGCGUACCGUCUACGAGGAACAGAUCGUGAACCCCUUGAAGGAGCACUUUGGAGGCUCCGAGGUGACGAUCGCCCUUUCGGAACUCAGCGACGACCAGAAGCUCUACAAGGAACCCGCAAUCAUCUGGCAAUCCGUCGACCGGAAAUCCGGUGAUACCUCACUUGAAUGGAUGAGUGAAUACACCGCUGACGUCGUCUGGCCCGGACUCGUCCGCUGUCAGCCCAGCUACCAGGUCGCUCGUAGGUACUGGGAAAACGAAGCCAGGCUGUUCUCCCAAUCGGUUGGUGGUGUGGCUCGUGGAAUGGGAGAGAACGGCGAGAUGCUACCCUUCGAAACCGAUGACCAACGCUCUCAAUCCGACUCCUCACUCGAUCAGAACACCCUCGAAUAUACUUCCCCCAUACUCACUUCCGCUCAAGCUAAUAAACGAGCUGCUGAAGCCGUCCUGAUCAAAAAGUUCCUCGAAGAAAGAAACCUGUCCUCUAAAAUAACCGUUCAACGAUAG